AGAACGGUCAACAAUAAUGUAUGUUUUACUUGUAAUUUGCGUAGCGGUUGUGUCCUACUUACUUUGGAUAAAAUACAUUUACUACCUACAAAAUUUAGCAAAGUCACGUAAACAACUUUUGAAAUGUAUGUUAUGUAGAAACAAGCAAUUCAACUCGCCUCAAACAAGCGAUUUGUCUCGCAAAGUUCGAGCGCUAUUUUUAACUGCUCAUCCAGAUGAUGAAUGCAUGUUCUUUGCACCAGCAAUUUUAGGACUUCUGGAGCUAAAUGCCUCGGUUCAUUUAUUGUGUUUAUCUCAAGGUAAUUACUACAAUCAAGGUGUCCAGCGUCGAGAAGAGCUUCUAGAUAGCUGUGCAGUAUUGGGAAUACCAGACUCUCAAGUCACUAUACAUGACUCCAAAGAACUACCAGACAACCCUAACAUAGAAUGGAGCAUCUCAGUGGCAUCCUCUGUAAUCCUGAAGCACAUCAGAGCGCACUCCAUCAAUCUGGUGCUGACCUUCGAUGGAACCGGAGUGAGUGGCCAUAGCAAUCACACUGCCAUCUACAAGGCUGUCAGCUAUUUAGGUUCCACUGGGAAUGUUCCAGAUGACUGCAGCCUCCUCUCUCUCUCAACCAUCAGUGUCCUCAGGAAGUACCUUUCCUUUCUGGAGCUGCCAAUUAGUUGGCUUCUCCCCUCAGAUCUCUGCUUUAUUAUAGAGUCAAAGGGCCACUACCAAGCUAAGAGGGCCAUGCUUUGUCACCGUACUCAGCUGCUAUGGUUUCGCUACCUCUACAUUUGGUUUUCACGCUACAUGUUUGUUAACACGUUUAGAGUUAUUGAUCAAGGACCGAAGAACCUGAAGGUCUAUUAGUCAAUAAUGUGCUUCUAGGUAAAUCUUGUGAGAACACUGUUACUCGGGUUUGUUCUUUUUAUUAUACUUAAAUCCGAUUGCACUGAUAUUUUAUAUUUUCUCUUAUCCUACAUAUUCAUUUGAUUGAUGUUAUAGCAAUAAUUUAUUCAGACCUAACUAAUAAAUGGGUAGGUUGGU